CCUCUCGCCUUCCGCAUCGCCCCGAGCCCGAGGUGUCCCUAAGCGACAGCCUCAAUGGACGACCGACCCGAAACCCCCGGCGACGACGCCAACUCCGACGCGGCGGCGGCGACUCCUCCUUCGAAACCGAGAACCCCGGGAAACCCGUCCCCGGCCGCGUCGCCGCUGCCGGCAUCGGCGGCGCGGCUCUGGAGGCCGGCCGCGCAGCGAAAUUUGAGGAACCAGUGGUCCAAGCUGGCCUCGUGCAGGCAGCAGUGGGCCUCCGCUUCGUCGGCCGGAAGGUCUCACGCCACUUCUCUCGUCAACGCGCAUCUCUCUCGGAGAUAUGUGCCCUCAAUGGAGUUGGGUGUUCUGAAGGACAUGCCAGAUAUUCGGGACAGAGCCUGUCUAAAAUUGUUUAAGCAACAGGAGCUUCACAAGAACAAACUUCUAUCGGCAUACAAGGAUAUGGUUGCUGCAGUAACUUAUAUGGUCAGUGCUAGUAGAUCCAUGAGAUGUUUUUUGAAAGGAGCCAGCAAUAGUCAACUUGUUCAAUUUUCUGUUGGCUCAGAGGAUACAAAUGAUGCUGGUGAUGGUGGCGGAAUCCCUGUAUUCACUUUUUGGUCAAUCUCUUCAUUUGAGAAUCUGGCACAAGAGCUUGUGGAGAUGUUUGAGUUGGAGUUAAGUUUGAAGCGCUUGCUCACAAAGGAAUUUCUUAUCGUGGGAUGUGAAGUGCUGCAAUCUGACCAAACCAGCUGGUCUCUGGAGCUUUAUCCAGGAGAGUUUGAAAAUUUGUCCCAAUGCCACUUGCUGACAAACAAGUGUGAGCUAAUGCCUCCUAGAUUGAAGGGCUGUAUGUCAGAUAUCCCUCCUGAACAAGGCGGGGCUCAGUUAAGCCGUGAGAUUUUGCAGGUCUACUUAACAACUUGGCUUGCUGAGGUGAACGUAGACACUCAUAGAGUCAGUGAGAUAUUUGCCAUAGUUGGGGAGGAAAUGCAUGUCAACUUUCAAUGAGCUGCUUGGCCACCAUUAAGAAAGGGCUUGAAAGAUUGCUCGUCUAUGGCUACUCCAUCAAGCGCCUGUUUGAGUGGUGGCUGAUGACUCGGACCUUUUGGUGACCAGGAUGGGUUAAUAAAGCGACAUGAAGGUUCCUGGUCAAAUUAAUAUGUGGGUGGCAGUUUAGCGAAGGCAAGGGAAGGUUGAUUUGAUAUCUUCAUCCUGCCGUCUUGGGCAGCUAAUGGAGACGAUAAACAUCGGUAUCUAGUUUAUCCAGUGGUGUUGGCAUGGUUUAUAGUUUUUGCUUACACUGGCAUUUGUGGUCAUUAGCAUGGAUGGUGGCCAUGGUCGGGGCAUUUUGUGUGUUUAAAUGUUCAUUUCUUUUGGUUUUAGUGGUAAAUUCAAGAGAUGGCUACCUGGAAAAGUUGGGAAAGUUGUUCAUUUAUGAAAGUAUGCAAAAAACUGAUGUCUGGUCUUCAGCUGAUUUUAUUUAUGCUGUUUGAAAAA